GAAAGAAUUAGAGGCGAGCAAAAGGGGGAGAGCCAAGGGGUAAAGUUUCUUGAACAAAAGCUUUUCAUGUGGAAGUACUAAUUAAAUUUGUAUCGAAAGAAAAGCUUAGCUUGUAGGUAAGAAAUGGCGGAAGACGGAUCAUCACCUUCUCCUGAUCAAUCACCACCAUCAGGUUCAUCAUUAUCACCACCACCGACAGGAUCAUCAUCAUCGCCGCCAUCUCCACCACCUCCUUCGCAAUCUUCAUCUUCUCCUCCGCCUUCCUCACCACCUCCUUCUUCUCCUACACCACCUGAAAGCGGAAACUCAUCUCCAUCCCCACCACCACCAUCAGAAGGAUCAUCAUCAUCAUCGCCACCACCACCAGGCUCAUCAUCAUCAUCACCCCCGCCUCCUAGCGAGGGUGGUGGUGGUGGUAGUGGUAGUGGUAAUGGUAUUAACAACCAGCCUCCUAGUGAGGGAGGUGGUAAUAGUGGUGGUGGGCCGUCUAGGGAUGUUCCAUCACAACCUCGAUCCCCACCUCAAGAACUAACCCCAUCGGGACCCCGAGGUGGUUCCUCUAACCAAUCACCAUCCCCUUCAUCAAUAACUGGUGGAAGCUCUUCUGGUGGCUCAUCAAAAUCCAAUGGUAACGGGGUCAUAACUGGAGUGGUGGUGGUUGGUGGCCUUCUACUUUUCCUAAUGGCGGUUUGUGUAUUUUGCAUAAGAAAGAAGAAAAGGAGAAAGGGUGGAAGUAUGCCCUCUUAUGGUUGGGAAGGUGGUCCUAAUAAACCUCAAGGCAAUAAUCAUAAUAACCAAUAUUGGCAAAAUUCUUCUCAAGAUCACCAUGCAGUCAAGAUUCCCCCAACAUCUAGUGGCCAGGGUUGGGGACAUCCAACGGGGACUAGCGACGAAAGCGGGCAACAAUCAGGGCACAAUGCAACAUCAACAGCACCAUCUCCAGGUCUAAGCUUGGGUUUUAACCAGAGCACCUUCACUUACGCGGAGCUAGCUGCCGCAACAAAUGGGUUCGAUAGGUCAAUGAUGUUAGGGCAAGGUGGUUUUGGAUAUGUACAUAAGGGCGUUUUACCAAAUGGAAAAGAAAUUGCUGUGAAAAGCCUAAAGUCUGGUAGUGGUCAAGGGGAAAGAGAGUUUCAAGCAGAAGUUGAAAUUAUUAGCCGUGUUCAUCAUCGUCAUCUUGUGUCCUUGGUUGGUUAUUGUAUUGCUGGUGGACAACGGAUGUUGGUUUAUGAGUUUGUUCCUAAUGAAACUUUAGAAUACCACCUCCAUAAAAGAGGAGAGUUGGAUUUUCCAACUAGGCUUCGUAUUGCACUUGGAUCAGCUAAAGGGCUUGGUUACCUUCAUGAAGAUUGUCACCCAAGAAUCAUCCAUCGUGACAUCAAAGCUUCUAAUAUUUUGUUGGACGAAAACUACGAGGCCAUGGUUGCUGAUUUUGGACUAGCUAAGCUUACCACUGAUACAAAUACUCAUGUCUCCACUCGUGUGAUGGGAACUUUUGGGUAUUUGGCUCCUGAGUAUGCUUCAAGUGGCAAGCUCACUGAAAAGUCGGACGUUUUCUCAUAUGGUGUAAUGUUGCUAGAAAUUAUUACUGGACGUCGACCAGUUGACCCUCACAUGAAGUACAUGGAAGAUAGCUUGGUUGAUUGGUCCAGACCACUUCUAACUAAAGCAUUGGAAACUGACAAUUACCAUGAGUUUGUUGAUCCACGUUUGGAAGAAAACUAUGACCCUAAUUUAAUGAAACGAAUGGUGGCUUGUGCUGCUGCGUCCAUUCGCCAUUCUGCUAAGAGACGCCCCAAAAUGAGCCAGAUUGUUCGAGCAUUAGAAGGAGAUGUAUCAUUAGAAGACCUAAAUAGUGAAGGGCAAAAGCCAGUGCAAAACACGAUGCUUAGCUCAUCGGGGAGCUCGGACUAUGAUACUCGUGCAUAUAGUAAAGACCUCAAGAAGUUCAGGCAAAUGGCUUUAGCAACUCAAGAUUUUGCAAGCAGUGAAUAUGGAGGAACCACAAGCGAAUAUGGAUUGAACCCGUCUAGUAGCUCAAGUGACAUUUCAAAGGAGAUAAAUAGCAAGAAUAUACCUUAAUGAAUAUUUAAACUAGGAUAAUUCUAAUAAAUUAUUGUUAAUUGGAUUAUGGUACACAAGCUAAUUGUUUUUUUUUUUUUUUCCUUCAUGUAGAGAGUACAUUAUUUUUCUUAGAUAAUUUCAAACCUGCAUUCUAUCUAAUCUUUUGUUUGCUUGAGUCUUUUUCCGAAGAAAAAAAAAAUAGUGUAUCAUGUAAAAAAUGCAAGUAUUCUAUCUAUUAUACUGAGUUCUACACACUUAUAUUUUACUUGGUCUUCAAUUCAUGGAAUUUUUAGGACCAAUAUAUCUAUUAUGUACAAUUAAAUUUUUUUAAAAAAUGAUAUCUUAAAAAUACACAUUGAGUAGACUUUAACAGUACACAUAUGUGUGUUAAAAAAAAAAAAAACAGUACACAAAUGUUUUUCUUGUACAUUAAUUUAGACUCUAUCUAAGUUUUAAACUUGACCACUUGAAUAUAAAUGGUUAAAACACAUAAAAUUAGAGGUAGCAUAUAUAUAACACUUAAUUAUCAAGAAGUAGUACUUGAUCUAGUGGUAAGAUUGUUAUCUUACAAUCAUGAGGUUGUCUAGUACUAGA